AUGGAUCAUUUUCAACUAACACUUAACACAAACUACAGCCCAUCAGGGCCAUCCCACGAAAAUGCCAACCACAUUACAACACCUUCGUCACCGGAACCACAAUUCUCACCGUCAGGCCGCAAAAAAGCCAGGAAGAAAAAGAAAACUGUCACAAAUUCACCUGAGGGUAACGGUGAUAACUAUGGAUCCGUAUCCUCCAAUAAUACCAGUACCAAACACGGCCAUCGAGGAAGAGUAAUAAUUUUUAACAACGUCAAGUUUAAUGGAGACCCUCUCGGAGACCGACUAGGCAGCGAUAUAGAUAAAGAAGCGUUGGAAAAAACCCUGCGAAAAUGCAACAUGGAUGUUGAUAGCCAUGAUAACAAAACCGUGCUCGAGAUACUCGGCAUUCUCGAAGAUUCGCUACAGAGACAGGAAUAUCGGUCCGCCAGCUUCAUAUGGUGCUUCUUCCUCUCCCACGGGGUGAGCGGUUCCAUUUUUGGAGUUGACCUUACUCAACUUCCAAUUAACGAGAUUGUGGCGGUAUUUUGGGAAAGCGGAAUGGCUCCGUGGGAUGCCUAA